AUGGGCACUGCCUUUGUCCUUUCUGUCCGCGCCAGUGUAAUCGCGAGUCAUGCCCGGCCUCUUGCCGUGAACGGCCUUUCCAAUUCACUUCACCGCCGUGACGACGGAAAGCACAUUCUUGAUGGUCAAGUACCCAUCACAGCCUUCGACAGGCCUGUUCCCAACACCUACCUCAACAACAAGACCAAGCCUUACUGGGUCAACGGCGGCGCACUGCCCGAAGUAUCCUUCCAAAUCGGCGAGACUUACUCCGGUUUGGUUCCCAUCGAUGACACGGGCAGGGAGCUGUUCUUCUGGUUCGUGCCGUCCACCAAUCCGCUCGCCAAGGACGAGAUCACCAUCUGGUUGAACGGCGGACCGGGCUGUUCCUCCCUCAUCGGCUUCUUCCAGGAGAACGGGCCCGUGAUUUGGCAGCCGGGUACUCAAGGUCCAGUCCCCAACACCUGGGCAUGGAACAAUCUUACGAACAUGGUCUUCAUCGAGCAGCCCGUCGGCACCGGCUACUCCCCUGGCACACCAAACAUCACCGACGAGGUUGGUCUCGCAGAGCAAUUUCUCGCAUUCUGGAAAAACUACGUCGACUUGUUUGACCUUCACGACCGGAAAAUCUACGUCACUGGCGAGAGUUACGCCGGGGAAUACAUCCCAUUCAUCUCCGCUGCCAUGCUGGACAAGAACGAUACGCAGUACUUCAACCUCAAGGGUAAUUUGAUCUACGACCCUCUUCUCGGUGAUCCCGAUCUGUCCAGACAGGUCACUGCCGGAGCAUUCAUCAAACACCAUGCGCCGUUCUUCCAGUUCAAUGACACUUUCCUGGCCGAAAUCAAGAACAUUUCCGACUUCUGCGCUUUUGACACUUUCCGGGAGCAGGCGUUGACAUUCCCGCCGACGGACAAUCUUCCUGACUACCCUCCCAACUGGGAAUCGCCUGAUUGCGAAAUCUGGGAGAAGAUCAUCGACGCCGCGCAAAUCAUCAAUCCAGUCUUCAAUAUCUACCGAAUCGCGGACACUGGUCCGAUAUUGUCGACUGUCAUGGAAAGUCCUUAUGAUGAUGUCUACGUGUACGGCGAAGUCAACCUUCCUUACUUUGAUCGGUCGGACGUGAAAAAGGCCCUUCACGUUCCAGACUCGACUGAGUGGUCUGAAUGCGCUAAUAUCGAUGUUUUCGCCACCCCGUUGGGUGCAGGCGAUCAGUCUGCACCUUCGGCCUUGGAAGGCGGUCCACUGCAGCAGGUCAUCGAAGCAACGAACAACGUCAUCAUCGCGCACGGAGACUUGGACUAUGUUCUCCUCGCAAACGGAAGCUUGUUCGCCCUCAACAACCUCACCUUCAACGGCCAGCGCGGAUUCUCCGAACCACCCGUCUGCCCCUUCUACGUGCCCUACCACGACGAACCCUUCAGCGGCUCCGUAUCCGGCGCCGGUGUCCAAGGCGGCUACGUCUCCGAGCGUGGCCUGACGUUCAUCGGUGUGAACCAGGCGGGCCACGAGGGGCCAGAGUAUGCUCCCAGUGCUUCGUACCGUCAGUUGGAGUUCUUGCUGGGACGCAUUAGCAGUCUCCAGGAGGUCAGUGGGUUCACGACCCAGCCGGAUGUGGAACAAUCGAAGGGAGAGCUGGGCAGAGGCACUUGGUGGCCGCGUGAUGGAGGGAUCUAA